AUGUCAAGCCAGCGACCGACAAGCUCGUCACACAGAACAUCUUUGGCUUUGCAAUGUCGUUUCAAGUCGAAACGCUCCUCCGCACAGUACAUUGAUCCCGACGCAGCCGAUGCCGAUGAUGUUCCCGUCAUGAAAACCAAAGGCAAAGGUUCCAAGAACAACCGCGGCUCUCAAUCCACCCCUCGAGGCGCCAGAUCCAAACGUGGCGAUGCCGAACAACCUGACUCUUCCGAAUACAAGACAUCGACCCGCAACCAAGAUCUACCGGACGAAGCAUUUGACUUCGAUGCCAUCUCCUCGCACAUGUCUCGUGCCGUCGAAAGGUGUCGAUCUACGACCUCCACCCUCGUCGGAUCCUUCGGUCGUGCAGACCCCGCCCUAUUGGAUUCGAUCAAAGUCGAAUACUCUUCCUCGUCCUCGGAUUCCAAGUCGCUGCACCCUCUGCGAGAGUUCGCCACCGUCGGUGUUCGAGACGGCGCUCUCAUCGUCACCGCUUUCGACGCCGACAUGAUCAAACACAUCGAACGCGCCAUCUACACCUCCAACCUCAACCUCACCCCACAAUCCCAAACAGGCGAGGAGAACGUCCUCCGCGUAGCCGUACCCCAACCCACAACCGAGUCGAGACAGGCCAUGGUGAAAGAUCUCACCAGGAUCUGCGAGAAUGCGAGGGUCAGCAUCAGGGAUGCCAGACACAAGGCACAGAAGCAGAUCAAGUCGGAUAUCGACAGGAAAGUGGUGGGCAAGAACGAGGGGGACAAGGAGUCAAAGAAGAUCGAGGCGGAGACGAAAAAGUGGUCGGCACAGGUGGAUCAGUUGUUUGAAAAGAUGAAGCAGACACUGUUGGCUGCGUGA